GACCUCUUAUCUCACGUGUCUGCUUUCUUUUACGGCCUCCUGACUCACUGGCCGUCCGACUAAUUAUAGAACAUUCCUGCCAUACAGAAUGGGAGAAGAUAGAUAGAAAGGGUGUGAGGAAUAUACCAAAAUAGAGUUCAAGAUGGUUUAAAGAUAGCAGCAGCCUGUUCAUGUGGGACAUUAAGGACAAGCCAUCCUUCUGUUGAUACCUACUUCUGCUGAUGUGUCUUUCUUAUUGUACGACAGAACUAUGGGCCAGAAGGUGGAGAAGAUGCAAGAUACAGACAAAGAGGAACCAUGGGAAGGUAUGGCCGCUGCGGGACGUAUGGACCCCCAAAUUGAGCAGCCAAUCGCAGGUCUCGGUCAGAGGGAUCGACCUCUGAUAGUCGCAGGGGGUGGAGACGAGGAGAGACGGCCUGACACUGGAGCUACAGAGCACUCAAAGACCAGACAGACUUUGGAGAAAACCUCUCCUAACAAGGAGGGUAGUAAAACUAUGGAUGAGGAGCAAGCUGGCAGACGUACGGUUGAUGCAAGAGUCUUAUGCGAGCUUCCGAACGAGGGGGACUGUCUAGUGCUGGAUGGGAACAAAACCAAAUCACCUGUCAAAAAUAGAGCUGAGGAAGACACUACGCAACCAUCCAGGAAUUGCCUACCAGAGAACUUUGAAUUGACAGACAGCAGGUGUCCACACUCUGAAAGUGACUUGCGAAACACAGCAAAGGAGGCGGACCUCUUGAUGGUGACGAGAAAUGAAUCAAAUUGUGAUCGGAGUCAAUCGGAAACUAUAGCAACGCCGGAUUCAGGGUCUUAUGCACCAGAAACCCAAGAGGACAGGUUCACCGGUGCGGUCUCCAAUAGAGCAAACGCAGUGGCACACAGUUUGGGAACAACAAAACCAUUGAAAGACCAGAGACCUUGUCCAAAACCGCAACCGGAACAGGACAGUCGCGUUGAUUGCAAUAAAGACUGCGAUGGAAUGUCACAUUUUGCACACUUGACAAAGGAGAGUGAUCCUGUACGUGUUUCCGCCGUCACCAUCCCUCCACCUUUAGCCCAUUUUUUACCCGAAAAAGACGCAUUGACUGAACAAAUGGACCAGCCUCCGCCGACCAAAGUCAAAGGUCCGCCUCCGCCUGUUCCGAAGAAACCUAAAAAUCCAUUUAUUAAGCUUAAGACAACUCAGUUGAGCUCCGGUGACGUGCAGAGACGAGUAAACCAGCGUUCUGAGGACAGAGCCAGGAGGAGACGCACUGUGGAUUUUAACCGAUGCGGAAAGAUGUCCAACCAGGACAUGUGUGCACUGUGGGACGAUAGAGGCACCUACACCAACAUACGACGCUUGUCCAUGGACCUCAGGCCUUGGGAAAACGUGUCACUGGAACACAUGGACGACGAGUACGGGGACUUGAUCAACUUUGAGUACUGUGCCCGUAUGGGAAAACUGUCCCCAGAUGAAGACCUCGUAGACUUGGACAUGGUGCAGAGGCGCGUGUUCCUGGAAAGAAGAAAUAAGUUCAAAAGAGAACCGCCACCUGUCGUGACAAAGCCACCAAAUCCUUCCAUCCCUGCAGAGUCCGCGCAUGCAUCAGAUCAUGAGACUGAGCAACCAAAACCGGCUCUGAGAAGAGAGCCCCUCACACGGGACAACAUCAGAUCCAACCAAGAUCACUCCGAGAUUGCAUCCUUCAAGCCUGUGGCCGAGCUCGUCAAGGAGACCAUGAAGAGAAGUCAGGCUCACCGACUACAGCCCGAAGGAGCCAAAACUCAAGUCCGGGUGGCAGAGCGUCAGAGUUCAAACAUCAACGUUUCUCAAAUAAAGAACGCCUUUGAUGUGCCAAAGAAGUCCAAAGAGAGACCACAAGAGCCUCAACCACUUCAAAAGAAAGACAUGUUGCGGCGAGUUGUGCGACAGAGCAAGUUUCGGCACGUCUUCGGCCAGGCGGUGAGGAACGACCAGUGCUACGACGACAUCCGCGUCUCCAGGGUAACAUGGGACAGCUCUUUCUGCGCCGUCAACCCCAAAUUUGUUGCCAUCAUCAUCGAGGCCAGCGGGGGCGGAGCCUUCCUUGUCCUUCCUUUACACAAGACUGGCCGCAUAGACAAGGUCUUUCCUACAGUGUGUGGUCACACGGGUCCGGUGCUGGACAUCGACUGGUGUCCUCACAACGAUCUCGUCAUCGCCAGCGGCUCAGAGGACUGCACCGUUAUGGUUUGGCAGAUCCCUGACAAGGGUCUGGAGUCUUCCCUCUCAGAGGCGGUGGUGGUCUUGGAGGGCCACUCCAAGAGGGUGGGCAUUGUGUCUUGGCAUCCAACAGCGCGCAACGUUCUGCUCAGUGCAGGGUGCGACAACCAGAUCAUCAUCUGGAAUGUGGGCUCGGGCGAGGCCAUGAUCAACCUGGAAGACAUGCAUCCCGACGUUAUCUUUAGUGUCAGCUGGAGCCGCAACGGCAGCCUCCUCUGCACCGCCUGCAAGGACAAAAAGGUCCGCGUCAUCGACCCCCGUAAAAAGAAGAUCGUCGUGGAGAAGGACAAAGCCCACGAGGGAGCCCGGCCAAUGAGAGCAAUCUUUUUAGCAGACGGAAAGAUUUUCACCACUGGAUUCAGCCGCAUGAGCGAGCGCCAGCUUGCGCUAUGGAAAGCUGACAACAUGGACGAGCCUAUUUGCGUACAGGAAAUGGACUCCAGCAACGGCGUCCUGCUCCCUUUCUUUGACCCAGACACCAAUAUAGUCUACCUGUGCGGAAAGGGCGACAGCAGCAUUCGCUACUUUGAGAUCACGGACGAGGCGCCGUACGUCCACUACCUCAGCACCUUCUCCACCAAGGAGCCCCAGAGGGGCAUGGGGUACAUGCCCAAACGCGGUCUUGAUGUCAACAAAUGUGAAAUUGCCAGGUUUUAUAAAUUACAAGAGAGAAAAUGCGAACCAAUCAUCAUGACAGUCCCGCGCAAGUCGGACCUCUUCCAGGACGACCUGUACCCAGACACGGCGGGCCCAGACCCCGCCCUGGAGGCGGAGGGGUGGUUCGCCGGCAAAAACGGGGGUCCCAUCCUCAUCUCGCUCAAGGACGGCUACGUCCCAACCAAGGGCCGCGAUCUGAAAGUGGUCAAGUCGAACGUCCUGGAGAACAAAGCGGCCACAAAGGCGGAGAACGUCUCGAUCGUCCAGAAGCACGUCUCUCAUGCGCCCGCGCAGCAAUCGACACAGAAGAUGGAGGACAAGCUGGAGGAGGUGCUCAGGGAGUUCAAGUCCCUGCGGGACCGCGUCAUCCUUCAGGACCGUCGUAUCGCCAGACUGGAAGAGCAGGUCGCCAAGGUCGCCAUCCUCGCUCGUCCCGCAGCUGAACGCUCGGCCAAUCAGAGGCCAGCUGACCUGCGAGCCCCCAGAGAGCCGAGAACAGCCCACAGACGCAGCGCCGCAGAUCUGAUCGCUCAGGAGACGCACCAAGAGGAAGCCAAGCGACUGUGGUGGUCCUUUCUGGACACAUUCGGGACAAAAUUGAGGGCAACCAUCUGAUCAUAAAAGGAGGAAAGAUAGUCAAUGAUGACCAGUCGUUUUACGCUGAUGUUUACAUCGAGGACGGAACCAUCAAACAGAUCGGGCAGAACUUGAUUGUUCCUGCGGCUGUGAGGACGGUUGAUGCUUCUG